AAGUUCUUCCAGACUUUCAGCGCGAGCGGGGAAAGUGCGAGCGCGCUGCCUUCUGGACUGCGCGCGCCUGCAAGCUCGCUGGAGGUUGGCGUAAGCGGCUGUACGAUCCUCGGCAGUGUUUCUGAGACUGUAUAGCCGGAGCUUUAUCUGGUUUUCGCCCCUCAGUCGGACUUUAUUCUUCUUCGAGCGCCGAAGUCGAGGCGUCAGAUCCUUUAUACUGAUUCCAAGCGGUGCCUUUAAACCUGUUGAUCCCGCCGAGGAACUCCAGCCACGACCGAGCGGAGCUACGCAGAGAUGACGGCGGAGAAAGACAAGAAAAGGAGCACUUCAGAGCGGCGGAAGGAGAAGUCUCGAGAUGCUGCACGCUGCAGACGCAGUAAGGAGACGGAGGUGUUUUAUGAACUGGCCCACCAGCUGCCCUUGCCCCACAGCAUCAGCUCUCACCUGGACAAGGCCUCUAUCAUGAGGCUAACCAUCAGCUUCCUACGCACACGCAAACUCCUCGCAUCAACCUGCAGUGUCAGUGAAAGAGAAGCAGACAGACAGAUGGACAGUCUUUACCUGAAGUCACUGGAAGGCUUUGUCUCUGUGGUAACAUCAGACGGAGACAUGAUCUUCCUAUCGGAGAAUAUCAACAAAUUCAUGGGUCUUACACAGGUUGAACUGAUAGGACACAGUAUUUUUGACUUCACUCAUCCCUGUGACCACGACGAAAUCCGAGAGAACCUCACCCUCAAAACCGGUGUUGGCAAGAAAGGCAAAGAGCUGAGCACAGAAAGAGACUUCUUCAUGAGAAUGAAAUGCACAGUGACGAAUCGAGGGCGCACCGUCAACCUCAAAUCAGCCAGCUGGAAGGUCCUGCACUGUACGGGCCAUCUGAAGGUGUAUAACAGCUGCCCACCACGUGUGCUAUGUGGCUUUAAAGAGCCACCCCUCACCUGUGUGGUGAUGAUGUGUGAACCCAUCCCUCACCCCUCCAACAUUGACACACCACUCGACUGCAAAACCUUCCUCAGCCGACACAGUAUGGACAUGAAGUUCACCUACUGCGAUGACAGAGUGACUGAGUUGAUGGGCUACAGUCCUGAAGAUCUCCUUGGUCGCUCCGUGUACGAGUUCUACCACGCUCUCGACUCGGAAAGCGUCACCAAAAGCCACCAGAACUUAUGCACAAAAGGGCAGGCAGUGAGUGGUCAGUAUCGGAUGUUGGCCAAGCAUGGGGGUUACGUUUGGAUGGAGACGCAGGGCACGGUCAUCUACAACAGCCGCAACUCGCAGCCACAGUGCAUUGUGUGCGUCAAUUAUGUGCUGAGUGACAUUGAGGAGAAGUCCAUGGUCUUCUCCAUAGACCAGAACAAGCCUUGUUUCAAGACUCACCACAUGAGCAGUUUCUUCAUCCAGGCUGGAUCUGCCAGGGCCAAGGACACCGGCGGAGCUCUCUUCACCACACUCAAAGAGGAGCCUGAGGAUCUAACCCACCUGGCACCCACACCUGGAGAUACCGUUAUUGCCCUUGACUUUGGUCGUCCUCCAUAUGAAGAUUACCCAGUGUGCAAAGAAGUGUCUGCCGCUCACUUAGUUGAUGAGGGCCACAAACCAAGCUUUGCCAGAGACAGGCCAAACAUGGCCACCACCUACUCUGUACCUCAGGCUCCACCUCCCAGCAGCGCCACUCCCAGCCUGAGCAGCUGCUCCACACCAAGCAGCCCAGGAGAUUACUACAGCUCAGUGGACAAUGACCUGAAGGUGGAGCUCACUGAGAAACUGUUUGCUCUGGACACACAGGAGACAAAGAACUCCUGCAGCCAAGAGACUGACCUAAGUGAUCUGGAUCUGGAGACGCUGGCCCCUUACAUCCCAAUGGAUGGUGAAGACUUCCAGCUGAACCCCAUCUGCCCGGAGGACACUCCAUCAGAGGCUGCUGGUCUGGUGGCCUUUCAGCAGAGUUUCAGCAACAUUGCCAGUCUCUUCCAGCCCCUAAACCCUCCUACACCAGGCCGCUUCCAGCCUAACCUACGCUCUGCAGAGAAAAAACAAAGGCCCAGUGGUGGCUCUGUGGACCCCUGGCCAGCCAUAGCGUACGGCAACCCCAUACAACUCCCUCCCUACCACGACCCAGCGAGUACACCUCUUUCUUCUAUGGGUGGGCGUCAGAAUCUGCAAUGGCCGCCUGACCCUCCAUUAAAUUAUCCAAACGCCAAGGCUAGCUUGAUAGACUCUUUGGCUUCAAACCGGUCCUGCCAGGCUGUGCCAGUGAGUCGGAUGCCCCUUCACAAGCAAAGGUCUGUGGAGAAAUUUGGGCCCAGUGAGGCCUACAGAGACUUGAGCCCAGCUCGGCUCGCAAUAGCAAACAGCAUGAAGCGCUCAUUCUCACAGAUGACCAUGGGCGAAGCGUCUGCUGCUAAGCCACCAGAGAUGAUAUGGAAGAGGAUGAGGAAUGAAAGCUGUGCGGUCUUGGACAGAAAGUCUCACAGCACCAGUGCCUUAUCAGAUAAAGGCAUGGUCCCACUAGCUGGCAUGGACCACCAGCACAGGAAAACCCUGUAUCCACGUAAUCAAAUAGGACUGGCAGAAAAGCUCUAUCCAGAACAAUGCUGCAACUACAGAGAAUACAACAUGCUACCCAACACAAAAAUGGAAGGUGUAGCGAGCCGUCUCCUCGGGCCCUCCUUUGAGACGUACUGUCUGCCCGAGCUGACGCGUUACGACUGUGAGGUCAACGUCCCUCUGCAAGGCAACCUGCACCUGCUGCAGGGUAGUGACCUACUGCGGGCUUUGGAUCAGGCCACCUAGAUUUGCCACCUCCCCCCUACAGUGCCAUUAACCCAGCUAUAUCACUCACUCUACAGUAUACCCAUUGGCUAAUGUACACACUAUACCCCACCGUAUACAACAACAACGUAGCUUUGAUUCUAUUUGUAUGGUCUUCAUCUUUAUAAAUUAUACACAGUGCUAUAUAUACAGUAUAAUAUAUUAUUUUUAGUAACAAAAAGCUCUUUCAUAAUGAGUUGAAUUUUUUUGUAUUAGUUGAUGUUCUGUUGCAGAGUUGUACUGUCAUUGGCAUAUCUGUUUCUUCUUUACUUGUAAGCUCGUUUUCAGCGUGUUUCUCUCUCGUCUGCCUGUCAGGCAUUAAAAGCAGCAGUCUACUGUCUUGAGGAAAGAUGAUCUACUGUAAGAAUGUUAUUUGUUCUCCCGCUUUUGUUUUUUGUUCUCCUCUAAAUUUCCUACCUCUGACACCUUAAGCCUUUUACCUGUCAUAUGUAUGCAUGUUUUAGUGCCUUCUCUUUUCCGUUUGCACCAGUGUUGCACCUGUCUCCUCUUUUCGUCAGUUUCUUUCUCUUUCUUUCUCUCACUCUCUCUUUCUUUCUCUCUCUCUUUCUCUAGCCAUUGUCUUUUGUGUGGUGACCACUCUAUAUAUAUAUUUUUUUGUCAUUGUAGCUGUAAACACGAGGCUCUAAGAGGCUCUAAAGUUUCUACUAUAAAUUUCUCUAUAAAGUUAGAGUUGUAGCGCUCAAAUACCUGGGUACUUUGUCUUAUCUACUUAGUAGAUGUGGAUCGGAGUGCUGAUUUUAAGUGGUCUGUAGUGCUGGUAUCUGUUCGUUCCCUUCUAGUGGCAUUUUUUCCCCCUGUAAUAUGCAAAGGCAUAUUAUAUUUUGUUGGCAGGCCAGUACAGUUUUAUUCUUGCUCUAAUAAGAGAAAAAAAGAUAUGUAGAAUAAAAAUGGUUCUGCUAUUGAGAUGUAGCAAAUUAGUUAUUUUUGAGAGUAAAAUAUUAUAAUCAAAAUAAUCACUUUUAUCAUUUAUUAAAAGAUUGUGUUCAAAGAAACUGCUUUCAAUGUAUCCAGUUUUAACAGUAUUUCUAUACUUAGUAUACCAACUGAGAUUGUCUAUAAAGUUGAAUCACUGAUGACUUAAAGGGGAAUUCCACUAGUUUCUAAAAUGUCUUUGUAAUUAAAUGGUUACAAUGUGAAAUAAGUAAUUUAGGGUGGUUUGAUGUUAAAUCCUCCAUUCUAGAGAAACUUGCUGAGUCAGAAUUGUUCACAGUGGUGGUGAUAGAAACCAGACGUCUAAAGCGUUUUAAACUUUAAUUUUUUUAUGCAUGUUUUGUGAAGUUUUUGGCCUAAAACAUAUUUUAAAAUACAGAGUGGUACCAUAUAUGCACAGGAUUUUAAGGCAAAAGAGUUCCUGAAAGCACCAUUUCCCUAUUAUUAAUAUUAACAUGCUCAGGGACAGCAGAUGACAAUUAGCCAUUUGGCUAAAUCUGGCACAUUCACAUUAAGAUUAAAAUUAAGUGACCCUUAUUAGUCCUACAACUGGGAAAUUUAACCCAUCUUUGCAGUGAAACCCCACAUACACACUAGUGAACACACACACUAGGGGGCAGUGAGCAUACUUGCCCGGAGAGUUGGGCAGCCCUAUCCACAGCGCCCUGGGUGCAGGGGGUUAGGUGCCUUUCUCAAGGGCACCCCAGUAACAUGCUGUCAGCUCAGGGUAUUGAACUGGCAACCUUCUGGUUGUAUUUAUUAUUAACAAUACAUUAAAAACCCUCUAGGAAAUAGUAAACUAGUAAAUAAAUUAGCUAUAAUUGCGUUGUAGACAAGGCAACGCCUGGUUCCCACCAUGAAGAGAACUGAAUUGGUAAGUCUCUUUAUGAUUAGCCAUUUCACAUCAAACCAAUCUGAAUAACUGUUUGCAUCACACCCACUGAAUUAUAGAGAAAUAUUAAAACAUCAGUGGAAUUCCAUUUAAUGUCUAAAUGGUAAAUUCAUCACUAAUGUAACCAAGCCAUGCCCUUCAUAUGCACAGAUGUAGUUGUCGGCUAUCUAAUCUGCUCUUCACACACACACACACACACACACACACACACACACACACACACACACACACACACACACACACACUAACUAAUGCAACUGUAUCCUUGUUGCUAAUCCUUUACUUGUCUGAUGCUAACCCCAUGGAGAUGAAAUGGCUGAGAUGCAGUCAGGAUCUGAAAGGGUGAAGUUUGGCUUUUUUAUGCACAGUCCAGUCCCAGCCUGACAUUGAACUGGAGAUGUGCUGCUUUGUGAUGGCUUAAGUAUCUGAAAUGCGCUUGUCAGACAGUGUGGGCACACAAGGGUGAGCAAAACCAACUUAAUGGAAAGUGGUCCCUUUUUGCUCAGGUAAUUCUGCCAUUAUCUGCCAUUUAUGGAUUGUAAUUUGUUCAAAAGGAACAUUACGGAAGGCUGCAGCUGGUAACAUGAGUCAGCUGCACGCUGAAAGAAGUGAUGCGAAGGUGCUGAUUACCAGUGGAGGGUUGCCAGAUUGAUACUGGCUGAGUGGCAGUGGUAAAUAACCUUUUUACCUGAAGGCUGCAAAUCCUAACAUCCUUAUAAAAUAUACUGUCCAUCUGUUCCGUCUUUAGCUAAUAAUCAGUUACCAUAAACAAUUUUCCCUGUAUUUAGUAAAAGAGCAGAAAAUCUGUUAACAUGAAACUCACUUAUAUUAGAAGCCAAUGGGCAGGUGCUGAGUUGAGCUUCAAGUUAAUGGGUUUUUCUGUUCAUUUACUCAGUUAAAGGAAGGUGUUGUCUGCAGUAAUCGAUGGUUCAAUCGAGAUUAGGUUGAAAAAUGCUGGAGUGUUCUUUUAAAGGGCCCACAUCCUACAUUUAUCUGGUCACACUUCAUUUCAAGUGUUCCUGUUUAGAUGAAACAAACACUCAGUAACAUGUCAAAAAUACAUACAUUUUAUAGUUGCAGUGUGAAAGGGUGGGGUUGUAGGCCGAAUAUGAUGAUAUAUGUAAACGCACUGUUUUUAUUUGUCACAUUACAAAAUCAAUUAUUUUAAAACCAGCUGUUUUUAGCUUAGUUUUCAUAUAUGGACUGUAUGGACUGGGCAGUGACAUGUUUUGAUGUUUUCAUAAUUCAUGUAUUUAAAAACUGCAAGGAAAAAUUUGGUUUUCCAUUAUAUGGGCCCUUUAAAGAUUCUUCCUUCCUAUCUGAUACAGUGUAUUUGCUGAAAAGACACAGUAUCAGGCCAAUGGGAGAUAGAUGGAGAGAGAAAUAAUUUCCCUAUAGUGAGUGGUAGAGAGAGAGCUGCUCAGUCUGCCCACUGAAGCAGAUUUGUCUUCAAAUUUCUUGCUCGAUCUCUUUCCUAUUUAUGAAGUGCUCCAACAGAAUUAGGAGAGAAUAGAGCAGAAGGGCUGAAAAACACCAGCAUCAGUGUUUCAGCAGAUAUUAGACAUUAGUGGUACCUCGAGAGUUUAAGGUGUGACUACUCACCUGAUCAUGUAUAGUCUGCUGUAACACAAAGCAGUUCCGAAAGAAAUAAUCAGAAUCAGAAACACUUCAUUCUACAUAGCAUUAGGUGAUCUGUAAAUCCAAGUGUGGCCAAAGUGUAACAGUAAAACAAACCUUUCCGAUACUUUUGAGCCCCAAGUUGAUUUGAGAGUCGUGUAUUUGCAUGUGAAGAGAGCAGCGGUAAGUCCAGUCAUUCAACUACGGAGGCUACUCACCAGUAACUCUAGAUACUCUGAGGCACGAAGGGCAAAAAUAACCUGUACAUUACAUUUUAACCUUUGUCAUCUGUAUUAACAUACCUGACCUGUUUCAACUUUAAAGACAAUAUCAGCAAACCUUUGAUUAAGUCAGUUCCUUUGGACAGUCUGCCUUUAUCCAAUUAAAGUUUUGGAUAGGUUACUCAAUCCUGUAUUUUCAUAUGCUAUAUUAAAAUUGACAUUAUUAUGAUAUAUUAUUAUUGUUGACAAUACUGUAUGGGAAAUUUUACCCAAUAAGAAGUUGUAUCUCUGCACUGAUAUCUUAUUAAAGCAUAUUGAUCUUCA